AUGGCGACACCCUCAUCCCGUCCUCCCGUCUUCGUCACCCUCUCGGCUCUCGAUGCCGGCCACCUCUCCCUCCCAGAGCACAUGUUCGUCAGCGACGCAGAACCAGGAAAGAAGACUCUCGUCCCCUCUCUCUCAUUCCUCAUCCGCCACGCAUCACCCGAUGGCAGCAUCACCAACCUCGUCUUCGACCUCGGCGUCAAGCGCGACUUGAACUACACGCCCGCCCAGCAGAAAGACCUCGACAUCUGGCAGCCGCUCAUCACGGAUACCGACUGCGCUCAGAGUCUGCGCAACGGAGUCGCUGAUGCUGGCGCCGCAAGCAACGGCGUGCUCCUCGACCCGACCAAGGACAUCGACUACAUCAUCAUCAGCCACGCUCACUGGGACCACACCGGCACGCCGUCCGACUUCCCCACGGCGACGUUUGCUGUGGGAUCUGGAACCCUGGAUCUCUUCAAGAACGGCGCUGGGCCGGCGUAUCCAUCAGAUCUCUUCGAGGACGACGAGCUGCCCGCUCUUCGCACCGUCGAAUUCCCUCCCGUUUCACGCAUAGGCGUCUACGGAAACGAACCCUACGCACCAAAGCAUACGCCAUUACCAUCAAAUACCCAGGCUAAGCCUCCUGCAGCCGCUGCUUCAUGGUCCUGGAAGCCGUUUGGCGACCUGGCCAACACGCUCGAUUUCUUUGGUGACGGCAGCCUCUAUGUCGUUGAUACGCCAGGCCACAUUUACGCCCACGUGAACCUGCUUGCUCGGCUUGGGGAACGAAGAUGGGCCUAUCUCGCCGCAGACUGCUGUCACGAUAGACGGUUAGUAUCUGGCGAAAAGGAGAUUGGACUGUACGACGAUGGCCACGGCGGACUAAGGAGCAUCCACACCGACACGGCAGAGGCACGCAGGUCUCUCGAUAGGGUGAUUGCGUUUGUGAAGAAUCAGGGUGCCGAGGGGAAUGAGGUGGAGCUUAUUCUUGCACACGAUCCUGUGUGGCGGAAAGAGAACGCGCACGCCUGCUGGCCAGGUAAGGUGUAA